AUGUCUUCCCUCCCCGACGUCCCUGCGCCCUUCUCGCCUCUCGUAAAGCUCAAUCUCCCGUCGCCGGAGGAGUACAGGAAGCGCAAGGUCGCGCUCAUUUCAGGCAUCACGGGGCAGGAUGGCUCGUAUUUGACCGAGCUACUCCUUUCGAAAGGCUACGAGGUGCAUGGCAUCAUCCGCCGAUCGUCCAGCUUCAACACAAGCCGUCUGCACCACCUGUACGAGGAUCAACACGAGCGGCCAAAUAGAUUCAAAAUGCAUUACGGCGAUCUCAGCGACAGUACGAACCUCGUGUACAUCAUCGCGCAGGUGCAGCCGACGGAGGUGUACAACCUUGGUGCGCAGUCGCACGUCAAGGUGUCGUUCGAGAUGGCGGAGUACACGGGCAACGUGGACGGUCUGGGCACGCUGCGGCUGUUGGACGCGAUCCGGACGUGCGGGCUGACGAACUACGUGCGCUUCUACCAGGCGUCGACGUCCGAGCUGUACGGCAAGGUCGUCGAGACGCCGCAGAGCGAGACGACGCCGUUCUACCCUCGCUCGCCGUACGGCGUCGCGAAGCUGUACGGGUACUGGAUCGUCAUCAAUUAUCGCGAGGCGUACGGCAUGUACGCGUGCAACGGGAUCCUGUUCAACCACGAGAGCCCCCGCCGCGGCCGCACGUUCGUUACGCGCAAGAUCUCGCGCGCUGCGGCGGACAUCUCGCUUGGAAAGCAGUCAUGCCUGUAUCUCGGAAACCUCGAUGCACAGCGUGACUGGGGUCAUGCUCGUGACUACGUCGAGGGCAUGUGGCGUAUGUUGCAGCAACCCCAAGCAGACGAUUUCGUCCUCGCGACGGGUGAGACGCACCCCGUCCGCGAGUUCGUGGAGAAGUCCUUCGCCAUACUCGGAAUGCAGAUCCAAUGGCGCGGCUCUGGCACUUCCGAGGAGGGCAUAGACGCCAAGUCCGGCAAGGUCGUCGUAAAGGUGGAUCCUGGGUAUUUCCGUCCCGCCGAAGUCGAUCUCUUGCUGGGUAACCCCGCCAAGGCCGAGCGCCUCCUUGGCUGGAAGCGUAAGGUGGACUUCAACUCACUGGUCAAAGAAAUGGUCGAGGCCGACCUCACGGCGGCCAAGUCGCUCAUAGAAGACCAGAACUAG